AGUUGAGGAAGUCGUGUAACAGUCAGAUCGGGGGAUGAAGAGUCAGUGUUUGUCCUAACGGUGAACACUUCAGGAAGCGUCAAUAAAACCGUCCCGAUUAUACAAACACAGAGAGAUACUCACACACUGAUCAGGACUGUGACACGCUUACGGGCAACUGGAUCGGAACACUGUUGCAUUAUGCAUUCGGACUGCAGGCUGCUGGGAUGGACGGGUCGGUAAUGGUGGGCAGAGGGACCGGAGGGGCUGCGCUCUUCAUCCUGAUCGUCUUCAUCUUCCUUCUCGGUGCCAGAAGCUCGCGGGCGCAGAAGGGGGAUGGCUGUGGACACACAUUGCUAGGCGUGGGUAGUGGGAGCCUGGCAUCUCUGGGUUACCCUCGGUCCUAUCCCUCCAGCUCUGUGUGCGAGUGGGAGAUCAGCGUGCCUGCCGGACAGACGAUUGCUUUGCGUAUCGCAGAUCUCGACAUCAACACAAACAACUGCCAGGUAUCUUACCUGCGACUGUACAAUGGCAUCGGAAUUGGGCGAACAGAGAUAGUGAAAUUCUGUGGAGAGAGCGAAUGGAGAGAUGAUGUUAUAAUGUCAGAGGGACAUCAGGUCACAGUGCAGUUUAUGAGUGGAUCCUACAGCAAGGGGCGUGGCCUUUUCCUGUCCUACAGCGACAGUCAGCACACAGAUCUCAUUACAUGCCUGGAGAAAGGAGAGGACUUCACUGAAGCAGAGUUCAGUAAAUUCUGUCCUGCGGGAUGCCUGACUGAUUUUGGAGAGGUUUCGGGAACCAUUCCGCACGGAUACAGAGAUUCUUCUCCGCUCUGUCUGGCCGGAGUUCAUGCGGGUGUGGUCUCCAACACACUGGGGGGGCAAAUCAGUGUGGUCAGCAGUAAAGGCAUCCCACAUUAUGAAAGCUCACUGGCCAACAAUGUGACAUCUGUGCCUGGAAAUCUCUCCCCCAGCCUUUUUACUUUCAAGACGAGCGGUUGUUACGGUACUUUAGGUUUGGAGUCAGGGGUGGUCAGUGACUCUCAGAUUACUGCCUCCUCUGUGUGGGAAUGGGGUGGUCAUGGAAAGGAACCCACUGUAUGGGGCCCAACAGGGGCCCGCCUUAAAACCAAGAGACGUCCAUGGGCAGCAGCCAACAGCGAUAUGAAAGAAUGGAUUCAAGUGGACCUAAAAAAAGAGAAACGAAUAACAGGUAUCACCACCACUGGCUCCACCCUCAUAGAAAAUCAGUUUUACGUGUCGGCUUAUGAAGUGUUAUACAGUCAUGAUGGACAGCAGUGGAACGCCUAUAAAGAAGCGGGAUCAGAUAAAAACAAGAUUUUCCAAGGCAACACCCACUAUUUACAGGAAGUGCGGAACAAUUUUAUUCCUCCGAUCGAAGCGCGGAUUAUUCGAAUAUGCCCCACCCAGUGGCACCAGAGGAUUGCCCUUAAAAUGGAGCUGCUGGGCUGCCAACCACCUGCAGGUGAGAAUAAUCAGAAAGCAGUGAGCGAUGUUAUCGAAUUGUCCAAUCAGUCAAUACAUGUUUGUUUCUGUUGGUCAGCGAGGCCAAGAACAUUCCACCCAGCUCCUCCUCCACCCCACUGGAAAAGCACAGUGCCCCCCCUACAGGAGAGGACGACACGUCCGCCCAACAUACGAAAUACGACCAUGCCUCCUCACGAUGAGGUGGCUCUGGUGGCGGUUUUGGUGCCCGUACUGGUGGUGGUUCUAACAACCCCAGUUUUAGUAAUGGUGUGCUCGUGGUUGUGGAAGAACAGAAAAAGCCCAGAGGCAACGUAUGACCUUCCACACUGGGAGCGCACAGUAUGGUGGAAGAGUAUGAAACAGUUGUUGCCUUCUAAGCUGGAUGGAGAUGAUUGUGUUCGUUACAGUUCAACAGCAAGAGUGGGUCACCAAAGACCACGGGUGGAGCCUGCAGAAUAUGCCCAACCACUUGCCAGUGGAACCAUGGCGUCUUUGGGACAAAGGUCAACCUUUAAACCCGAAGAGGGUGAUGACCCGGAGUACGAUGCACCUAUUCCCCCAGAACAUUACCAUGCUUAUGCUGAGCCUCUUCCUGCCUCUGGCGCUGAAUACGCCACACCAAUCAUGAUUGACAGGGCAAACCACCUGUCAGGAGGCACACUGCCAUUCAGAGGGCGGGGAUUACUCGCUCGGACAGAAAGCAGCCAAUCAGCAAAUUCCUUAUAUGACACACCCAAGAAUGCAUCUGAUCAAGCCACGCCCACGGAGGGACAGUUAUACCAGGUGCCUCAGAAUACCCACAAUGCACCCUGUCAGAAAGUAGACUGACCUAUCAGUGGCCUAGGGUGAAUGAACCCUUUUAGAAACCCUCAGCUGUACACUACCUUAAAAAAAAUGCAGAUCAGAAUGUGUGCGUUCGUGCGCACGUCGCUUCUCAAAUUGUACGCCGUGCAAGUCCUAUCACUGAAAUAACACACAGGAAAGUCAGGAGAGUGAGAACAGCAGAGAUCUUGUCACACUACUGUGUUUUGUGUCUAAAUGUAUGUCUGAUGUGUGUGUGUGUGUGUGUGUGUGAGUGCAUAUGUGUGACUCUGCUAUCAAACUGUGAGUCCUUACAAAUCUGUGUAUAUUUUUCUGAGGGCCGUGACGAAUUCGUCGACACAGCUCAUCGCGAGGCACAUUCUUCCUUUUUCAACAUAGACACACAGAAUAACUAACUUUCUUAGAUAACAUUCUGUUACACUGGUCAUUUUGCACUUUUAUUGUUUUCUGUUUCGAUGUAGUUGUGCCGCCUUUGCCAAAAAGUAGCCCAUGCUGGGUUUUUUAGCUAUGUUCCAAAACCUACAUCCCUUUUGGGGGAACACAACAGCAUAUGGCACACAAAUAGGACUGCUAAGAAGUGCAAAGAAUUCUUGACACAGUUGAUAGUUUUGGUACUUUUUUAUUGUGUAUAUUAUCGCUGUUUCUCUGGCAUCAUGCACAUAUUGGAUGUUUUUUCAAGCUAAUGGCAGUGCAUUCUGGGAGUGCCUUUUGAUUAAUGUGAUGCUGCCUAAACUUUUGGCCAAGAGUAAUGAUCUUAAGCCAGGCUCACACUGACUAUAAGAUGUUCAGCCCUGAUUUUACUUUCCUGAGAAUCCGAGCGAAAAUCUGGUACAGGACCUAGAUCGGUUUCAAUGUUAGGCUCAGAUUAUCACAUGUGUAUCAGAACCAUGUAAGUGGGACAAGACCUUUCUCAAAUCCAUUCCACUUGGCUCAUUCUGAGUCCAUAUUAUUUCAAUUCCAUUUUGUGUUUUUACACUCGGUGCUAAAUAGCACUUAAAGUGUCUCUUAAUCAUAGAGGAACCAUUUAAGUGCUAUAUAGCAACUAUGUAAUACCUGUGUAAAACCAUAUUGUGCUAUAUAGAACCAUAUUUGGUGCUAUAGUGGUGCUAUAUCACCCCCGGUUGGUUCUUCAUAGGUGCUAUAUAGCACUAAAAAUGGUUCCUUAUGAUUAUGAGCUUUUAUUGCUAUUUAGCACCAAUAUUUUGCCUGCUACACAACGACAGACCUUUUUAAAACAGCGUCUGCGAAACAAGCGGCUGUUCGUGUCCGGUAGACAGCGUAGAUGGAGAAGUGUGAAAACAGCGCGAGUGCCUGAAUAAUGCAUCCAUGAAAACAUAUCAUGUCCGUCUCCGUCAAAAACAAGUACUGAGGAGAAACUGUUUUGGUUUUUAACACAACGGGUGAAUGCGUACUAGCUAGCACAUGUAAACCUUAAAAAUAAUAAUAAAUGUGUCACAGUGUCCAUUUGUAUACAUCGUGAAGGGGGCGUGAAGCGAUUCCUCUGGCACGAUAAUCUUAAUAAUGAUAUGAAAAAAUAUGAUUUUCAAAUCUUGUAGCAUGAGCAUGUUCAAGAUUUAAGAGAAUAAAAUCUGAUUAUCCGUACGUGUGUCCUCCAACCAGAUUUUAAGAGUCCUGUAGUGUGAGCCUGGCCUUAGGUAAGUUCUGGAACAAUCGGUGUAUAAAGAACAACCUAUUAAAGAGACAUUUUGCUUUUUUUGAAAAUAUGCUCAAUUUCCAGCUCCCCUAGAGUUAAACAUUUUAUUCUUAC